GGCGGGGCGUGGCCGUGCCUGUACUUCCGCGCUUGCCCGUAGUCCGACAUGGCGGAGUAUUCUUGCGUUAAAUCUACCAAGUUAGUCCUCAAAGGGGCGAAAGAGAAAAGCAAGAAAAAGCACAAGGAGAAGAAAAGGAAAAGGGAAGAGGAGGCGGCAGAGCAACUUGAUAUUGUUGGAAACUGGUGGGCUAUCAGUAACUUCGGUGAAAUUACAGGAACUAUAGCUAUAGAAAUGGAUAAAGGAGCUUACAUCCAUGCCCUCGACAAUGGCUUGUUUACUCUUGGAGCGCCACAUAAAGAUGAUGAAGGCCCUAGUCCUCCUGAGCAGUUUACAGCAGUAAAGUUGUCUGAUACAAGGAUUGCUCUGAAGUCCGGUUAUGGCAAAUACCUUGGUAUAAAUUCAGAUGGACUUGUUGUUGGACGUUCAGAUGCAAUAGGAUCAAGAGAGCAAUGGGAACCUGUCUUCCAAGAUAAGAAAAUGGCAUUGCUAGCAGCAAAUAGCCGUUUCAUUAGAUGUAAUGAAGAAGGAGACAUAGAAGCCAAAAGCAAAACUGCGGGGGAAGAAGAAAUGAUAAAGAUUCGUACUUGUGCGGAAAGAGAAACUAAGAAGAAAGAUGACGUUCCACAAGAAGACAAAGGCAAUGUUAAACAGUGUGAAAUCAAUUAUGUAAAGAAAUUCCAAAGUUUUCAAGACAAAAAGCUUAAAAUAAGCAAAGAAGAUACAAAAGCCCUCAGAAAAGCCAGGAAAGAGGGCACUUUUCAUGAAAUGUUGCUUGACAGGAGAGCAAAAGUGAAAGCGGAUAGAUACUGCAAGUGACAACCAGCUGGUCCAUUUUCUUCUGCAUCUUUGAUCAUAGGGUCAAACUGAAAACAAGAGUAAAAUGUUUUAUAGUUAUUUUAUUGAAGGUGUUCUACUGAAGUUUUUAUUACAUUAUUUUUAAAGGAUCAUCUGAGAGCCGUAAUGAAGCUUCAAACUGAUGUUAUCUUUCAGUAAUGAAUACUAUUAAGCUUACUCUAGACCUACACACUAUUUGAAAUAGUGAGAUAAUUAUUUAAUGGAAAACAAUUUGACCCACUGAAUCUUUCAAGGUUGAUGAAAGGAACCUGAGCUUAGAGACAGGACAGAAGAGAACAGCUAUGAAGUUCAAAAGUAGAAUAUGUUAAUACAAUGAACCAUUAAGAAAUAUGUAACUGUAUUGAACAAGAAGAAAUAAUUGAAAAUGCAUGUCUUGGAACAUAUCCUACCAGAUCCUGAACAGGACAUGGGCAGAGCCAUUCUACACUGCAUCAGGUGAGCGCUGGGCUGGAAUAUUCAGGCUUCAUAAAACAAUGUUCAGAACAGACCCACAGUUAAAGCUGAUAAAUGGCAUAAUCCAUAUGCUGGAAAAAAAAGUGUUGAGAAGUUCUAAGAACCCUGUUACAAAUGAAAAUGCAGGUGCUUUGUAAGAAAAGGGGAUGGCUCUUUUGUGUUAGCAGGCCACGUAUUUGGCAAGAGAGAAAAAUCGAUUUUGCAAAUCUGUUUGUUUCUUUAUGGCAUGGACUUUAAUAAAACAGCAGGGACUCUUUUUUUUUUUUUUUUUAAGGUCACAGUAUAAUAUGCAUUCCUAGUAUCUCAUAAAAUAUGGUUACCCCCGUCUGCUCUGAUUACCAAGAAACUUUUCAGUAGCAACAUCUCCACAGGAACUAUCUCAGUCAGAACAAUUGCUUACUCUCUCCACAGCUUCUGUAAUCUGCAUCAUAAAGAUUAUGUGGUAACAGUGUUGAGGAAUUCUAUUGUAAUAAUUUAAAUUGUCUCCAUGGACCUUCUCCUAGCUGUCAAUUUGAACUGCACACAAGCUUGCAGACUGUAAGCUUAUGCAAGAUAAUGAUGUGUCUAAAAAGAGCCCAAGAAAGGACCAAUAAGAUAUAGUCAGUAUUGGCAGUUUAAAUCUCUCCAAUUUCAUAGGCAGUUGGUCUUGAAGCACAGAGAAUUUAAGUACAUCAUAAUUGUUUAAGCCCUCCAGUAACUUUUCAGCAUGAAAAGUAGUUAUAGCUGGUUAGGAAAGGCUAGCUGAGGUUAGCAAUAAGGCAUUUAUUUUUCAAGAAUUUUAGCAAAAUAAGGAUAUAGCCAAUACAGAUUUUAUGGAACUAUAACAAGAAAAAUCACAGGCUGGGCCCAUUCAUGAUGUAACAUAAGAAUUCUUAGAAACUUUUUUUGCUUCCAGGAAAGCAAACAAAAAUCCAUACCUUUCUCUGAUGCCAUUCCAUACCCAGCUCUAUCCAGCGGAGUACAGAGAUUUUUGCCACAGGGCUUUUCCCUCCAAGGUAGUAGAACUUACUUGUUCUAUAUCUGUUAAACCUGCUGUUCAUUUAAUAUGUAUUUUACAAGAACAGGCAUUCUCACUAGUUCCUGGUUUGAAUAGCUGUUUUGGAAUGAAUGCCUUUUCUUCCCACUUCAGCUUUAUAUGCUGAGGUUGAUACUAAAUGAGAUCAAAAUGCCCCCUCUGGGGAGUGGUUUGUGUGACUAUAUUGGGGUAGUUAUGCUUGUAACUUUGUUCUGUGGCCAAAUCUGUGCAAAACUUCUUAUUCUAGCUGCUCCAUAAGAUUUUGUAUUUUAAUUCUGAUAGAAGUUCUACUAGAUUGUAGAGAAAAUAAAUAGAAGCAAGAUCUGUGCUGAAUUUUAAAAAUUACUGCAAUGAAAUUAUCAAAUGAGAAUUUUUCCCUCCAUUUUUAUGGGAACAAAAAACUCCUCUGUAGCUGUUUUUUAGACUUAAAUGAUCUUCUUAUGGGGGAAAAGACAAUUCUCAUUUAUCUAUCACUUACGUAGUUACAUUGCAGAACAUAUAACAAAAAGAGAAUAUUACCUGUUUAUGUAAACUGAUCAAAUGCUUACCCUUUUUACCAGUAUCAACAGUUUCAUUUUAAAAUUUUCAUAGAUUUAGGUUCUAGUACAAAACUUUGAGUUUACUCUUUAAGCUUACCACAUAGCAGGAAUGACUGAAAAUUAUCUUUUAUUUCCCAUCACUUUCUAUUAAUUACACAUUCUUUCAAAGCAAGCAGUUGCCGGGAAUACCAGCAUGUUUGUAGUGAGACUCUGCAUUAAAACAUUUGCAGAAAGAAGCUAAUAAGCAGGACUGAUCUUUGAUUCUAUUUUUUAAGUAUCUCCAGAAUUAAAAUUCCCUCAUAUAUCAAUAACCCAGUUACACAAUCUUACUAACUGUAUCACUUGUGAAUAUUUGGCUUGCAUUAAGGGAACAGCUCCAAGAAAAAUUAAAGGUAUAUGUACUAAUGGCAAGCUAUUCGUCAUAUAGCUUAAGCCCUGGGAGACAAACUGUAGCAAUGAUGUAGACCAGAGAGAAAGCUCCCUGAUUUUUAGUGGUCUUGAGAGAAAAUAGUUGACUUUUCCAGAGAACUCUGUAUAUAACCUGAUUGCUGUCAAAUAAAGAUAGACAUCCUGUCAAAGAGAGCCACCAUGCAGGUGUAGUGUGUGGCUGGCUUUUUACCAAUAGCAGAAAUGGUCAAGCAGGUGAAGUUGAUUUGUAUAUGUAGCUUAGAUGCUUUUGGAUCACAGUGUGUGCCUGUAUGCUCUGUGACUCAAUUCUUGUGAAGAAGAGGGCUAUGCUGCCUUUUCCAUGGCAAGUAUUUUAAGUUCCUGUAUUGUUGGAGAAGGUGCAUUGCACAUGCCCAGGAGAUCUGAGAGAAGUGUGAGCGCUGAAUUUGUGGGGAGAGGGCCAAAAGCUGGAAAUAAAUAGGUGAUUGUUGGUGAAUGCUCCUGGCCAGAGUCUGAGGAAUUCUUGGGUGAAAAUGCACCAUAGCUGUGGGUUGUACCAUCACAGGAAAAAAUGUAAUUCAUUUUUUCCCAGAGCUCUUCAGUCUGGUCUAGGACAGGGGAUUAGGGCUCAUUAAGUAGUUCCAGUUGUAGGUACCAUGCUUCGUGUCCAUCCCCAGAAAUGUAACCUGACGAACAAUCAUUGCAAUGUCAUGGACUUGGAAGUGGCCUACUGCCAAAACACUAGGAAAGGGGCAGCACCACAAGGAGCAGGCUGUGGGCCAGAAUAAUUAUUGGGGAGUUCAUUGCAGGUGUCACUGAUGGACAGUCACUGUGAAUCUUAAACACAGCUGAAGUGAAUGCUGGUGGUUGAAGUAGACUGAUGUUACAGCAUCUGUUUUCCCUCCUGAGAAUAUAAAUAAAAUCAUGUCUGAUAGAACUCAUAAAAAUGAUUACUCAAACACAGAUGCACCUGGAAGCAGGAAUCUGCUAUACUGGUGGAAAGGGUGCUGAAGGGAGUACUUGGAAUCUGAAAAAGACCCUGAGAACUAUCUGUGGAAAGGAAAUAAAUCCACUCCAUCUUUAUCAAUGUAAAUAGGAGAAUGCAAGGUGUAGACACUGUUAAGUAGUUGUGAUAGUAAAGGAAAAAUGGAAUUGAGAGGCAUGUUUGGUACAGACCUAGGAAUAAAUGAAACCAGAAUAAAUGUCAGAGAAAAUGAAAUGAGACUGUCCCAAGGAGGGGUUGGAUUCCCCUUCCAAGAGGAAGUAGUGGAUUUGGCAAGGGACUGGCAGCCCUGCGGGGAACAAGGAUGUUGUAGGAGCAGUGGGCUUGCCUUCUGUGUUGGAACUAACAAUACAUUAGAUUCUUGCUGAAAAAUGUGUGCCGAGAUAACACAGAAGCAGAGGUCUGGGGAAUUCACCUGAAUUUGAGUUCCAGGAAAAGAAAAUUAAAGGUAUGACAAAGCAGUGAAGAUAAGUGAGUUAAACUGUUGCUAUAAGGAGUCCACUGGAUAUUUUCCCAUUUGAGGUAUUCAUGGGGUCUUCUUGGUGAUACUGUGUCCUCGCAGUUAAGCGCAAAGAGCUUUAAUUUAAGUGAAACAGAGAAAAGGGAAAGUAAUAUGUGCAGCCUCUACUCUGGAAGAAAGAACAGAUCUGGGGUAUGAUAAUACAGUACUGGAUAGAUGAGUAUGAAAACACAAGGGUGGAUGUUAACUACUAGUUAUCAGUGACACUAGCUGUCAG